CCUGGUUGCCCACGUUAAUACGCUGUAGUUGAUCCGAAACGGACCGUGAACGAACAAAAUGAAAUUUGUUACAAUUUUGAUUUUGUGUGCUGUCGCUUCCUCGCAAGCGUUGCCACGUCAGCAGGCACCAACAUUUGAAGUUCAAAAUGGAGUACUUGUACGUUCCGGACGAAUUUCCACAAAUAUUGGCAGAGUUGUUGGAGGAGAAAAUGCUGUGCCGCAUAGUGCACCACACAAAGUUUCUCUGCAAUGGGGAACUAUCAGACCCGCCCAUUUCUGUGCUGGAAUAAUCAUUCACACUAAUUGGGUUUUAACAGCAGGUCACUGUGUGCAAAGCUAUCCAACUAAUGGAAUCAGCACCGUUGUGGCUGGUUUGCAUGACCUCAGUACAUUCCAAGGUGUAGAACAAAUUCGGCAUGUGACAUUAGAUGAUAUGUGGACGCAUGAAGAUUUCGAUGGAUUCCAAGGGCCACACGACAUUGGUCUUAUUCUGAUUCGCACGCCAUUUGUGUUUGACUCCUUAGUGAAUGCAAUUGAGCUGCCGGCCGCUGACACCAUUCCAACUGGUGUCGGUACGAUACAUGGAUGGGGAAGCACAGCGUAUGGAUUUUUCCCCGUGUUUCCCGACAUCUUACAAACGGCUCAGUUGGUAAUUGUUCCGCUCGAAAGUUGUCGAAAUGACUGGCCAUGGCCCGAUCCUAUCAGUGAAACUAAUAUUUGUGCUGGAUCAACAGCUGCGAGCGCUUGUAUGUUCGAUGAUGGUGGCGCUUUGGUACAAAAUGAUGUAGCUGUUGCGUUGGUAUCAUGGGGACUUAUCCCUUGUGGUUUGAAUGAUAGGCCGGCUGUUUUCACUCGUAUUAGUGCUUAUAUUUCAUGGAUUGAUAGUGUGAUCGACAACGCACAAAUGUAAUGAUGAAAAAAUAAACUUUUAACAU